CGGGCGCCCGGACUAUGAGGAGCGGGAGCGGGCGGGGGGCGGCGGCAGCGGCCCCGGUGCGGCCCCGGUGCGGCGGGAGCGGGGGCGGCGGGGACGCCGCCGCCGCCGGCCGGGUCAUGCCCGUGCGCCCGGGGCGGCGGGGCUGCGGGCUGCGGCGGGAUGGGCGCGCUCCGGGCCGGUGCCCUCGCCUUCCUCCUCCUCCUCCUCCUCGGCUGCCUCCUGCCCCGGCGCGGCCCGCUCAGGCUGGUCUCAGGGAGGGAGGAGAUUAAAGCUGGCUCCCGAGGCUCAGCCCAGCCCAUGUCACCCUCUGAUUUCCUGGACAAGCUCAUGGGACGAACCUCAGGGUACGACGCCCGCAUUCGACCCAACUUCAAAGGUCCGCCUGUCAACGUGACGUGCAACAUCUUCAUCAACAGCUUUGGCUCCGUCACUGAAACCACCAUGGACUACCGGGUGAACGUGUUCCUGCGGCAGCAGUGGAACGAUCCCCGCCUGGCCUACCGGGAGUACCCCGACGACUCCCUUGACCUCGACCCCUCCAUGCUUGACUCCAUCUGGAAGCCAGACUUGUUCUUUGCCAACGAGAAAGGGGCCAAUUUCCACGAGGUCACCACUGACAACAAGCUCCUGCGCAUCUUCAAGAAUGGCAACGUGCUCUACAGCAUUAGGCUGACCCUGAUCCUGUCCUGCCCCAUGGACCUCAAGAACUUCCCCAUGGACAUCCAGACAUGCACCAUGCAGCUGGAGAGUUUUGGCUACACUAUGAACGACCUCAUCUUCGAGUGGCUGGAGGAGCAGGAGGCCGUGCAGGUGGCAGAGGGCUUGACACUCCCACAGUUCAUCCUCAGGGACGAGAAGGACCUGGGCUAUUGCACCAAGUACUACAACACAGGCAAGUUCACCUGCAUCGAGGUGAAGUUCCACCUGGAGAGGCAGAUGGGUUACUACCUGAUCCAGAUGUACAUCCCCAGCCUACUCAUCGUCAUCCUCUCCUGGGUGUCCUUCUGGAUCAACAUGGAUGCGGCACCGGCCCGGGUGGGCUUGGGCAUCACCACGGUGCUCACCAUGACCACGCAGAGCGCCGGCUCCCGCGCCUCCCUGCCCAAGGUGUCCUAUGUGAAGGCCAUUGACAUCUGGAUGGCCGUGUGCCUGCUCUUCGUCUUCGCCGCCUUGCUGGAGUACGCGGCCGUCAACUUCGUGUCGCGCCAGCACAAGGAGUUCAUGCGCCUGCGCCGCCGCCAGCGACGGCAGAGGAUGGGCCUGAGCAGCGGCACGGCCAGCCUGGAGUCCCUGCGGCAGCCGAGCAGCCGGCGCAGCAGCGAGCACACCUACGCGACGCUCUGCAGCUCCCGGGAGGAAGAGCUGAGCCGUGAGAGCCGCUUCUACCUGCGGGGCUACGGGCUGGGCCCCUGCCUGCAGCCCAAGGAGGGGGCUGGGGAGGGCCCCGGAGCGUUCAGCCCCCCGGCCGUGCUGCGGGAAGGGGAGAGCCUCCACAGGCGCUACCUGGACCGUGCCAAGCGCAUCGACACCGUCUCCAGAGCCGUCUUCCCCUUCACCUUCCUGCUCUUCAACAUCUUCUACUGGGUGGUUUACAAAGUGCUGCGCUCAGAGGACAUCCACAUGGUGCCCUGAGGCUGGAAAAGUAGGACUGACUGCCUCUCGGUGUCACCCCACAGUGUGCUCAGGUGCCACAGGCUCAGCCAGAACUGCAUUUCCCUCUGUCCCGGAGCGGUGGCACAGCUGGGCUGGGCCUCAGAGCCUGGAUGUGUGGCAGCCCCUGUGCCCCUGUGGAUUUUGUGGCACAAAGUGGGGGGAUCAACAAUCACAGGUCCCCACGGUCAGCUGGAGAGAGGAACCCCUCCUGCUUCCUGCAUGGUGUCACCCCAGGUACCCCAGGAUGCUGUGCUGUCAGGGCAGGGAAACACCCUAGGAAUGCUGUGCUGUCAGGGAACAUGGAAACAACUACACCCCAAGAAUGCUGUGCUGUCAGGGAACAGGGGAACAACCAUACCCUAGGAAUGCUGUGCUGUCAGGGAACAGGGGAACAACCAUACCCUAGGAAUGCUGUGCUGCUGGGGGAACCCUGAGUAGCCAGGGGCACAGGAGAGCCCUGGGUACUUUGGCAGAGCCAGUGGCCAGAAAACAUCACCUUCCAGAAAAAUAUUCUCUCCCUUUUCCACACCUACCCUGUUAGGCUGCUGCUUCUCCAGCCUGCAUCACUGAGCUGUGGGGCAGGGAUCAGGCUGCAAUUCUCUGCUCUGGCCUGGAGCUUGCUUGCAGGAAAGAGCAGGCAGCAGCCCUGCCUGCACCUGGACUGUGCAGGAUGCUGGCUGUGCCCCCCUAGCCCCUGCCCAGCAAUGCAGCCCCAGCCAGCUCCAGCACAGAGCAAAGCAGCAGGCUGGGGAUGCUGCCCUCACUGCAGAGCUCAGAACUGCCCGUGGUGCCCAGGGCUGCAGGAUUGUGGCAGGGACAGUGGGCAGGAGGCUCUGUUUGCUCCAAGGACAGGCCAGCCCUGAGGCAGGCAGCAGGCAAGCUCAGUCCUGCUGAAGGGGCCCAGAUGGCCACUGCAGUUGCAGAUGGGAGUCACUUGGCCCUGGGGAGAUGGCACUGCAUUAUCAGCAGAGUAGGGCCCACAACCUGUCUGCCAAGGGAGAUUUUGGGAUGAAAGCAGUGGGGAAAGCUUGGCCAAUCCUUUUGGACGAGCAGAGUGAGUGGUGGCAUCCCCAGACUGCUGCAUUCCCACAGCACCACAGUGCCAGAAGAGAGAUGGAGGUGAAAAUUGCCCCAUUCCUCAGCCCAGCAUCCGGGUGCAGCAUCCCCUGGCAGGUUCAUCCCUAAUGUUCCUCCACUGGAGAGGAGAGCAACUGGAACCCCAACAGGACAAGCUCAGCAAGGCUCCCAGCCCUCCAAACCUGGAUACCCUCCAUGCUUUGCAGGAAAUAAAAGCAGCAGGUGAUGCUUAAGUCCUCCAGAGAGGAGUGUGGUGAUGCUCUCCUUUCCCUCUGCCCUCAGGAGGUUGCAGCCCAGCAGGUCCCAUUGCCAUGGGUGCAGGAGAGGGCCCAGAGUCUUCCAGGCUGGGCAGGAUGGAAAUAGAAUUCACCCCUUUUCUUGAGGGCUGUGGUGGCCCCAUGGCACAGUGAGUGCUCCAGUGACCCACCUGCCAUGGUGGAAUGGACCCUGCAAGGCAGGGGGACAUGGCCAGGAGGCAGCACUGCCUUCUGACACCAGACCCAGGCAGAAACCCGUGCUGUGAUCCCUGGCCUGGCUCCUCAGGCACCACUCAUCCCCCUCUUCUUUGCAGGACUGACCAGCAGCACCAUCCCCUGAGCCCCACAGAGUGCUCAGCCACAUGCACCCAUUCCACACAUGGGGCAAGCAGAGAAGUGGCCCCAGGCCACCCCAUGAGGGGACAGAGGGACCCACAACAACAGGCUGAGCCAGCUCCAUCCCAUUGCCAGCCCUGUGCAUGCCCCCCCUGCCAUGGGGCUCCCCAUGGGUUCCCACCAUGUGUUCAGGCCAGACUUGCUUUGGGGAGCCCCAUUUGGAGGCACCCUGGGCUCCCCAGCACCCGAGGCAGUGCCAAUCAGGCAGGUACCAGUGUCUGAGCAGCACCCACAGGCACUGGGUGGCCAUGCCAGCCUCCUGCAGUGGUGGGUUUUUAAACAGCAUCGAUCUUCCUACACAAAUAAAGCUUUCUGGGAUUUUC